AUGCCGCCCGAGGGCAUGGCCGUCACCAAGUCCGUGCUGCCGGAGCACCCCCAGAAACUCCUGCCGGCCGGCGACGUGAUCCCCGUGCUGCUGGGGUUUCGCAAUGAGGGCAGCGAGCCGGUCAACGUGAGCGCAAUCAUGGGGUCACUGAACCACGCCGGGGACUUUCGUGUGUACUACCAGAACUUCAGCAUGCAGCCGCUGGGCAUCACUGUGCCAGCAGGUGCGGAGCUGACGAUGGAGUACUUGUUCCGGCCCGACCCUGCCCUGCCACCAAUGGAGUUCAGGAUUGCCAUCACGGCGUUCUACUCCAACGUGAAAGGCAAUGAAUGGUACAGCUCCACCUUCUUCAACGAGACCAUAGAAAUCGUUGAGGCCGAGAAGUUCUUUGACACUGAGGUCCUAUUUAUGUAUGCUACCAUCAUUUGCUUGAUGGCCCUGGCAGUCUUUGGGCUCGUGAGGUGGGCGGCCAGCCUGAGCAUCUUCAAGAAGGCGGUGACCACAAAGAAGGCCAAGGCCGCGAGCACAACCACGGCCGACGACGACUGGCUCAAGGGCACCCCCGCCAGCAAGGUGAUUAAGGGCAGGAAGACCGAGAAGAAAACGGAUUGA